UUUCUAAACCGAAAUUUCUUGCUUUUGUACAAUUUAUAAUGUCUAUAUCUUUUCUGUGCAUGGAUUCCUUUCUUGAUUUCUGUAAAGCUCUGUUUGUGUGUGUUUAAAUAGUGUGUGAGUGUUGAAUUAUGAACAAAUUGGUCUACUUUUUCAGGCACUUUUUCUGCAAUCAUAAGUGUUGGUGGUAAUUCUGGUUGAGGGCAUAAAAUGGGAGGGAAAGUGCAAAUGUGAAUCAAAGUUCAUGUGAUUUUGCAGUUGGGAGUUGGUUGGAAGCACAUUUCUCAUUUUUCUUGAAUGUUAAAAAAUGGAGGGGUUGAAUCAGAAGUCUCUGGAGAGAGUGGUUUCACAGAGAGCUUUCCAAAUGGGGAGUUCAUUUCCAUGCCAACUUUGUGUGGUGGGAUUUCUGUGUGGGGUUUGCAUCACCUCUGUGUUUCUUGCUGCCCUUACCUCAUUUGCUGCUUCCUCUUUUGGUGGUGUUUCCAUCUCUCUCUUCUCUCCUGGGAUUUCUGCUCCCAAUUCUUCUACAUCAUCAUCAAUCGGUGGAGACUGCAGGGCCUUUCUUAAUGAGAAUGAAAGAAUCGACUACGAAAGGACAGAGGAGAAUGUUUCGUUACUAUAUAAAGCAUGGAGCGACCUACUUGGUGAAUCGACUGACCAGAUAAGAUUGAACAGAUUACAUGUUCCGAGAGCCCCUCAUUUGGAGGAUUGCAAGUUGAGUGGCGAAAUGAAUCAUCGUCUUGAUACACGCCUUCCGAAUGGGAGCUUCCCUCCAUGGACAAUCAUGGGAUCAGACGAGGAAAACUACCCUCUCACAAGGAAAGUGCAGAGGGACUUGUGGCUUCAUCAACAUCCCGUGGACUGCAACGAUCCUAGUGUGAAGUUUCUGGUAGCGGAUUGGGAGAGAUUGCCGGGAUUUGGCAUUGGAGCGCAACUUGCAGGAAUGUGCGGUCUACUUGCUAUUGCAAUCAACGAAAAGAGGGUGUUAGUUACAGACUACUACAAUAGAGCUGAUCAUGAUGGCUGUAAAGGUUCGUCACGCUCUAGAUGGUCGUGUUAUUUCAUCCCCGAGACGUCCCUGGAAUGCAGGAAACGAGCCUUUGAACUUAAGGACAACAAAGCAGCAUGGGGAAAGGGUAUUAUAACAGUGAAAGAAAACUAUACCUCCAAAGAAAUAUGGGCAGGACAUGUACCUAGGGCCUGGGGAAAUCCGUGGAGUAUUAUGCAGCCAACGACAGAAAUAAACGGGAGCUUGUUACUUCAUCAUCGUAAAAUGGAUCGUAGAUGGUGGCGAGCUCAGGCAGUUCGCUACCUCAUGAGGUUUCUGUCCGAGUAUACGUGCAACUUGAUGAACAUUGCUCGACACACUGCAUUCGGAUGGGAAGCUGCCAAAAUGGUUCUUGCAUCUUCCUCUCAAACUCUUUUCGAGGCCGAACAAGAGAGCAAGCUCGAUAUAGAAAGAUUCGUAUGGUCGAAUCACAAACCAUGGCUUCCCCGUCCCUUGUUAAGCAUGCACGUGAGGAUGGGCGAUAAGGCGUGUGAAAUGAAGGUGGUAGGAUUCGACGAUUACAUGAAGCUAGCAGUGAAGGUUCGAAGGCGCUUCCCACAUCUGAAUCGCGUGUGGCUUUCCACUGAAAUGCAGGACGUCGUUGACAGAUCAAAAUCAUACGAGGGCUGGAGGUUUCACUACACGAACGUGACGCGACAGGCAGGGAACAUCAGGAUGGCGACCUAUGAGGCGAGCCUUGGCAGGGAGACGAGCACCAAUUAUCCUCUCGUGAACUUCUUGAUGGCCACGGAGGCCGACUUCUUCAUCGGAGCAUUGGGCUCGACGUGGUGCUUCCUCAUAGACGGCAUGAGGAACACCGGUGGGAAAGUGAUGUCGGGUUACUUGAGCGUCAACAAGGACAGAUUUUGGUAGGAGCCGCUCUGGGUCGCUUCCAAUGAGACUCAGACGAGCUCAGGCCGGUCGGGACCCAAGCAACGGGCACCGGAGCUCGGAUGUCAUAUAUGUUGAUAGGUCCCAAGAAACGUUGUGAGUUGUGAAUAGUGAAUGAGAUAAAGAGUGCUUUUAAAUUGCAAAUCAUUCAAAAUUGAAAUUUAUUCUUUUGUGGAUCGAGUGUUCUUGUGCAUAAAAAUAAUUUCACUUGCAUCAUUUUUUUAUUAGAAUGUGUUUAUUCAUAAUGUGGA